AGCGUCAGAGGGAAAACGCAGUUUCCGAAAUCACACUAUCACACAGGAAAGCACAUUUCAGUGUAUGUGUGUGUUUGCUGUGUGCGUGUGGUUAUGCCUACCUGCUCUAUUUACCGUAAAGAUAUGGUGGAAGACCGCGGAAAUGCAACUGUACCACAUUUUUCAAAGUUUUUUUUUCUCCUGUUUCUCUCUGAAAAAGUUGUGAACAUAACGGGGUAACGGGAAUACAACACGUCAAAGUGGGCCACGCAUGCGAAUAGAAGAUGGAAAGUAAGGAUAUAACAACCGUGUCCAGAGACAGGCCAAAGAUGAGUUUUGGUGAGCAACACGAGGAGGACAGAGCAGGCUCUCCAGUUUCCACGUGUCUGUCUCCAAAGAGUGACCACUCCAAAGACGUUCCUCUCACCUUCAGUAAUGAACCUGGACUGUUUGACACAAAACCAAAGAUGAGGUCAGGAAGGACACAAGAGCACGAAGAGGACAGAGCAGACUCUCCAGUUUCCACGUGUCUUUCCCCAAAGAGUGACCACUCAAAAGACAUUCCUCUCACCUUCAGUAAUGAACCUGGACUGUUUGCCACAAAAGAGAGGAAGAGGACUUACGCUGCCAUCGAGAACGAGCUGCCCUGCUGUGCUUUGUGCAAGGAGGUCCUGAGGCCUUCACAAUAUACCAGCUGCGGACACUACAUCUGCAAACAGUGUAUUGCUUCACACUGGGAAGACUGCAAUUCAACAGGAGACCCCCCUUGUCCGCAAUGUGGAAAAAGAUGCAAUUACAGUCGACUUGAACAAGGCACUGGCAGUAUGCAGGAGAUUUUAGACACUCAUAGGAUAAGUCUCAGAAGAAGAUGUGAAUUUGCAAUAGAAGGGACUGCUGAAAGGGGAACUUGCAUCCACCUGAACAGUAUCUACACUGAGCUUUACAUCACUGAAGGACAAUCUGAAGGAGUUAAUAUCCAACACGAAGUGUGGCAACUUGAGACACUAUCCAAAAAUGAGAACCUAUGUGAAACUCCAAUCAAAUGCCACGACAUCUUUAAGGUCUUACCCGGCCAAAGGGGAUUCAUCAGAGUAGUCCUGACAAAUGGCAUUGCUGGUAUUGGAAAAACCUUCUCAGUGAAGAAGUUCACUCUUGAUUGGGCACACGGCCUGGAAAAUCAAGAUGUCAGCCUUGUGAUUCUGCUUUCUUUCAGGGAACUGAACUUGAUCAAAGAGGAGAAGUACAGUCUCCUGAGACUGCUUCAUGAUUUUCAUCCAACGCUACACAUGGUCACAGCACAAAUGCUCGCUUUCUGUAAAGUUUUGUUCAUCUUUGAUGGCUUGGAUGAGAGCAGACUUUUGUUGGAUUUCCAGAACAAAGAGGUUGUGUCAGAUGUCAACCAGAAAUCAUCGGUCAACUUGCUGUUAACAAACCUCAUCACGGGCAAUCUGCUUCCCUCAGCCCUCUUGUGGAUAACUUCCAGACCUGCAGCAGCCAAUCAGAUCCCUCCUUCAUAUAUUGAUAGGAUGACAGAAGUAAGAGGAUUUACUGACACUCAGAGGGAGGAGUACUUCAGGAAGAGAUUCAGUGAUGAGUCUACGUCCAGCAGAGUGGUCUCACACAUCAAGGCGUCCAGGAGCCUCUAUAUUAUGUGUCAUAUCCCAGUUUUCUGUUGGAUUACUGCCACAGUCCUGCAGCACAUGUUGACUACCGACCAAAAAGAGUUGCCAAAGACUCUUACUGAGAUGUACACACACUUUCUGCUGGUACAGACCAAGAGGAAAACACAGAAGUAUAAUACGGAGCAUGAAUUCAUCAAAGAGGUGCAGAUGCAGACUGACAAGGAAGUCCUUCUGAAGUUGGGCAGACUAGCAUUUGAAAAUCUGGAAAAUGGGAACAUCAUGUUCUACCGGGAAGACUUGGAUCGAUGUGGUCUCGAUGUCGGAGAAGCCUUAGUUUUCUCAGGACUCUGCACAGAGAUAUUCAAACGAGAGUGUGUACUCUUUCAGAAAAUGAUUUACUGUUUUGUACAUUUAAGUAUUCAGGAGUUUCUUGCUGCGGUCUAUAUGAUUAACUGUUAUCUCAACAAGGAUGUGGACGUGCUGGUGACUUUCUUGGGAGAAGACUGCGACAGAAAUAGCUAUGACCCAAGUUUGGAUACCUUUCUCAGCAAAGUUGUGGACAAAUCUCUGAACAGUGGAAAUGAUCUGGAUCUCUUUGUUCGCUUCCUUCAUGGCCUGCUAUUAGAGUCCAACCAUCGUCUCCUUGAGAGUGUGGUAGGCUGGACGGCAAGCAGUCCACAAAGCAUCCAGAAUGCUAUAAGCAACCUGAAGAAGAUGAAUGCUUAUGAUAUUUCUCCUGACAGAUGCAUCAACAUCUUCCACUGUUUGAUGGAGAUGAAUGACCACUCAGUGCAUCAGGAGAUUCAAGAGUACCUGCAGUCAGAGAACAGAUCGGAGAAAAAACUUACCAAGACCCAUUGCUCUGCUCUUGCCUACAUGCUGCAGAUGUCAGAAGAGGUUCUUGAUGUUUUGGACCUGAAGAAAUAUAAUUCAUCUGGUGAUGGAAGACGGCGAUUGCUCCCAGCUGUGAGAAACUGCAGACAUGCUCGGCUCUCUUGCUCUGGACUCUCUGAGUGGCAUUGUGAAGUUCUGUCCUCAGCUCUGAUGUCAAACCCCUCCCACCUGCGGGAGCUGGACCUGAGUGAAAACGAUUAUCUGCUGGAUUCAGGAGUGACGUCGCUGUGUGUCGGACUAAAAAGUCCCAACUGUAGACUGGAGAUUUUAAGCUUGAAGAGUUGCAGUUUAUCAGAAAGUUGUUGUGAGUCUUUGGCAUCAGCACUGAAGUCUACCUCAUCUUGUCUGAGAGAGCUGGAUUUAAGUAACAACUACCUUAAGGAUUCAGGGGUUAAGAUGCUGUCUACUGGAUUGGAGAGUCCACACUGUCGUCUGGAAACUCUGAGAUUAAGUUGCUGCAGGCUGUCAGAUAUCAGCUGUGGGCAUUUGGUCUCAGCUAUAAAGUCCAACCCCUCACAUAUGAAAGAGAUAGAUCUGAGUAAAAACAAAAUUAAGGAUCAAGGAGUCAUUGUGAUGUCUUCUGCACUGGAGUCUCCUCAAUGUGAGCUGAAACUUCUGAGGCUUGAUAGAUGUGGCCUUACAGCGGACUGCUGUACUGCCUUGUCCUCGGCUCUCAAGUCCAACCCCUCCUGCUUGAGAGAGUUGGAACUGAGUAAUAAUGAUUUGCAGGACUCAGGAGUGAAGCUACUGUGUGUUGGACUGCAGAGUCAACAUUGUCGACUGGAGGCUCUGAGAUUGAGGGGCUGCUGGUUGUCAGACAACUGCUGUGCUUCUUUGGCCUCAGCUUUAACGUCCAACUCAUCCAAUCUGAGAGAGCUCGACUUGUGUGAUAACGACCUACAGGAUUCUGGGAUAAAGCAGCUGUCUGUUGGAUUGGAGAGGACAUAUUGUAGACUAGAGACCCUGAGGUUGAUUCGCUGUAAGAUCACGGGUGAAGGCUGUGCUUUUCUGGCAGCAGCUCUGAAGUCCAACCCGUCCCAUCUGCAGGAGCUGAAUCUGAGUAGAAACAACCUGCAGGAAUCAGAUGUAAAGCCGUUGUCUGAGGUCCUGAAGAGUCCACAUUGCCGACUAGAGACUCUCAGAAUGGAAGAAAUAGAGUAAACCUGGGGUAUAUCUCAUCAUGGGCCGUGUGCUGUUGAUGCUGAGGCUGCAAGGAUAACCACUUCACUGCUCCACCACUAGUCUGAACAUGACUUCAUGUCACCUGUUUCCUACUCACUUUUUGACUUCUAAAUCUGCAAUUCCAGGAGGGAUUUGUUUAUUUCAAGAGAACUGAUUUGAAUUCUGUUAAAAUCUAUUCUUAAAGAUAUUUAUACAUAAUUUAUGUCACUGAUUAGUUGAUUUUUUAGAGGCAUUGUGUAAGGUAGUUUUUUUGUUGUUGUUGUUUCAACGCUGUUACAUUUGUACUGUGUUCAGAACGUUAAAACGAACACUAAUCUUAAUCUUUGCAAGAGUUGACUGUAGUUUGUGCAGUGAAGAAAUAUUUAAAACCAGUACUGAAUAAAGCAUUUACAGAAAACAGAUGAACAGAAAACAUAUACAGAACUAUGCUGUCCUCUUGAAAGCAGAGUUUAUCCAGUGAACUUUGUUAGUUUCUGUCUUUUCAACAGCCUUCAUCUCAGCCCUGCUCCGACACAUGCACUGAAAGCCAACCAAGAACAAAAUGUCUGCAAGGCAAAAGCAAUCUAUUUUUUCAACAGAAAUGUAUGCAGUACUGUAACUUGCAUUUAAUGUCUUUAAUGUUUUAAUAAAGCUAUCAGGGUUGUUUGAAGGUU